AUGUCAAGUGCGUUAGAGAUGUCGCUAGACGACCUCAUCAAGCGGAACCGUAAGUCCGGAUCCGGAAAUUCCCGCGGUCGGGGACGUGGAUCUGGGCCGGGACCCACCCGCCGCUUUCCUAAUCGCGGAGCAAACCGCUCGGCGCCGUAUACCGCUGCUAAGGCGCCGGCGACGACGUGGCAGCAUGAUAUGUUUUCCGAUCAGGGAGCGGCGUUCCAAGGACAAGCAGGUCGGGCCUCUGCAAUUGAAACCGGAACGAAGCUCUACAUCUCUAAUUUAGAUUAUGGUGUUUCCAACGACGACAUCAAGGAGUUAUUUUCUGAGGUUGGUGACCUGAAGCGACUUGCGAUCCAUUAUGAUAGGAGCGGGAGAUCGAAGGGAACAGCAGAAGUUGUCUUCUCCCGGCGAACAGAUGCUAUGGCCGCGGUAAAGAGAUACAACAACGUUCAGCUUGAUGGGAAGCCAAUGAAAAUCGAGAUGGUGGGAACAAACGUUGCUACUCUUGCUGCACCUUCAGCUGCUAAUGGCACCUUUGGAUAUUCAAAUGGAGGCCCUAGAGGUGGCCAAGGCAGGGGUGGAGGAUUUGGUAGGCAACGUGGUGGUGCUGGAGGCCGUGGCUUUGGACGAGGCCGUGGACGGGGAAAGGGCCGUGGAGAAAAGGUUUCUGCUGAAGAUCUUGAUGCUGAUCUAGAGAAGUAUCAUUCUGAAUCAAUGUAGACAAAUUGAAGCAUUUCUCAUGUUCUAUUGGUUUAAGUAUUUUCUGCUGUGGACAUUAUGUGCUUGAUCCCUGACAAUUUUCUGUAUCUCUACCAAAAUCAUACUAUUUAGAGGAACUAGUCAUGGAGAAAACUAUUAGUGUCUUGAUCUAUGGAGUUUGGGCUUUUACUGUUGAAUGUUCCUUUGACUUGGGCAUAAAGAAUGUGGGUUAGUGGAAAGCUAUCAUUUUGUAAUCUGCAAUUGUGCUUUUGGUUCCAUUGAAACGGACUCAUACCACAAGUCGGGAACAUAAGCGAAAAGUUUUUCUCUUGGUUUUCCAUAUGCAAAGGAAGCUUUGGGUGCAUGCUGUGGGAGGAGUAAUCUUGCCGUUGCCCAGAGCUGCAUUGCCUUUUGGUUGCUCCUGCAUUGUGAAACCAGGGAGACUGCAAUCAAGGUAGAUUUCUUUAUGUUCUUUCUCUUGUGGAUUCUUUUUUAGCGGUACAGAAUUUUGUCCUUCAUGUUAUUGGUGAUGCAAUUGGUUUUCCUAUUUAGGCUUUUAGGGUGUUUAAGUUACUUCAUUCUAUUAUAUUAUUGCCAAGGGAAUAUUCUUUCCCCAA